AUCAGCCACGCGAGUAUCAUUCAUCAAUAUCAGUUCAGAGUAAAACUCUGUUGUUGUUUCCGGCGAUGAAUCAGAUGGAAGCGCCGCCGCUUCACCCCUUGUUAGAGCCGUUGUCGUAUCUGUUGGGAACUUGGAGAGGACAAGGCGAAGGUGAGUAUCCGACCAUACCUUCCUUCCGCUACGGAGAAGAACUCCGAUUCUCACAUUCCGGCAAGCCGGUGAUAGCGUAUACGCAGAAGACAUGGAAGUUGGAAACAGGAGCUCCGAUGCACGCAGAGAGUGGUUACUUUCGUCCAAAGCCAGAUGGUUCCAUCGAAGUCGUCAUAGCUCAGAGCACAGGUCUCGUCGAGGUCCAGAAAGGAACAUUCAAAAAUGGAUCAAUCUUGCUCAAAAGUGAUAUUGUGGGAAACGCUUCAAAGGUGAAGGAGAUAAGUAGAGCAUUUGAAUUGGUUGAUGGAGGAAAACUAGCUUACGUGGUUCACAUGAGUACUACUUCCACUAACCAUCUUCAACCACAUCUCAAAGCCAUACUCCAUAAGAUCUAAAUUUCAUUGUUACUGCUUCCUCUGUAGGAUCACGCUGUUUAGUUCUGUAAGUUCUAACAACACUUGAUAAUACACUCCUUUGUAAGCUCGGGAAAUCAGAAGAGGAGGAAGAAGAUUGGAGAGUUAAAUGGGCUUUUCUUGAAACAGUUAAUAGACCCAUUAACGCCUAUCUAUUAAGGCCUCAUAACGUACGUUUUUAGCCCAUUAGUACGCAUCAAUCUUAAGAAUGUAUUUCAGUUCACUAAUCCGACACUACAAAUAACUUUCAUUAAAUAACAAGUUCGUCCGCA